AGGAGGUUGGGGACAUUUUAGAUUUGAAUUUGUUACAAGUUGACAGCAUGACGAGCAACGCAGCCAUAGACGUUGUGCACGCACUAGAAUCUCUCUCAACAUCCCUCACAAACCUCCAUGUUUCCUCCCCAUCUGCAAAAUGCACUGUCCUCAGUGAUGAUGCCUUGUACGCCCUGUUACGCUGGCUAGAUCCCCUCGAAUACCACGUUAUUGCCCCGCUUGUUUGCAAACAAUGGUGGCGGUGCGUGAGGAUGAACAAGGAUGGAACAUGGCGGCCUCGUGUUGUUUUAAUGAAUUUGGUGCUUUGGACAGGGGAGGGUGCAUCUGCAGGACAAUGGAAAGAACAAUGCAGUAAAGCCAAAAAACAAGUACAAUCGGUGCCAAAGACGACUAUUACGAGGCCGUUACCGUUGGAAUAUUGGACUGUUUUGCCAAAGAGUUAUGCGGAGACGACUGGAUCGUGUAUGGCGGGGGAGGGUGUCACGGUGUGCACGACUGUGGAGCAUGUCCCCGUGGACCGAACUCAAUUGGGAGAAUACUUGAAUGCCAUUUUGGGGAUGCUACUGAUGCGAGUGAAUUGGUCUCAUCCAUUGGAUGAUACGAGACGAGUCCCAAAUGUUUCCAUUGUACCGUGGCAAAUCACCCUACCCCAAGGCCUGUCCCCGCGGUUCAAGGAACAGUUUGUGACGUUGUUGAAGGAUAUGUGUCCGCGCGUGGUUGAAAUGCAUUUCCCGCCGCGGGAUGUCGUGGAGUGGUUGACGCCUGUUGCAGAGGAUUUGUGGGUGUUACGGUUGGGGAAUAUACGAAAGGAGGACCCGGUGGAGUGGGACAAUAUUGGAAAGUUUACAGUGCUCAAGAGGUUAGAAAUCAAUGGAGCGGCGAAUGAACCAAAGGACACGGCCAAGUCGGAAAUAAAUCUCGCUGCUCUCUCUCUUCUCUCUCAUCUCUGUGAACUCCAUAUCGGACCCAACUAUGCACUACCAGACCCUGCUAUCCUCCUUCCCCUAACCUCCCUCCGUAUUCUCUCUAUCCCCCCUCAAACCCCAUGCACACCCGACCUUGUCCUCCUCCUCAAAACUCUUGACACACUCUAUGGCCUAACGGAUCCCACUCCCUCUUUUUGGACCGCUGUGCCCCCAUCACCCCCCCUCACCCUCCUAUCCAUCGUACUCACGGACCCGACAUUGGACACCCUACGGGAAACUCUUGGAUCCCUCUCUGUGUUCCCGCGUCUCAAAUUCGUGACGAUUAAACCUGCGAACUUGACUUCGGAUGGGGUGUUGGGUGUAUUGAAGGAGUUUAGGGGGGUUUUAAAGGUUUUGGGUGUGAGGAUUGAGGGGGUUGCGAUGCGUGUCAAGGAUGUUGGGGAUUGGGCGGCGUUUAAUUUGGUGGAGGAGGGAUUUAAGGUGAGGUGGAAGGCCUAAUGAAUGUGUCAAACUUUUUUGUAGAUGAAAGGGUGUAUAUUUUUUUGCUUUGAAGGAUGUGUUUAGUUUGAUGGGGGAUGAUGGGGGAUGGAUAUUGAAGAUGUGUGAGAUGAUAUUGGGGAUUGUUAGAUCUUUCGGCAAGGGGAUCCCUUGCAAAUCGUGCUCGAAAAGUGUUUCGUGUUCAGCACACCUUUGUCGCGUGGUUCCUCCCUUGUUUUUGGGACUUACACGACAAAAGAAUAUUGCUAAAAAGGAUAAAAACAAUAAUUCAUGUUGUUAACGGGUUUAUACUCUGCAAAUACAAAAAACAUGCACAAAACAAACACACCUUUAGCGCAUGG